AUGGAGGGACGGGACGACGCUACGAUGGGAAGUGGCGACAGGGAGGAACUAAAACCGCGCCCACCACAAGCAGUUGACGAAGAAGGGAGGGGCAGUUGCGCUGCGGGUCACUACGACUGCUGUAUCCGAUCCAGCUCCGGUCCGAUCCCGCCGAUCGAGGCAACAAUCGACCUCAAGUGUCGUCUCGACCCAGAGAGUCGCAUGGCACUGCACGUGUACACAUGGGGUCGGUAA